GCCUGCUCUCAUCCUGCAAAUAAUUGGACUGGCUGGUCUGUGAGCGCCUACGACAUACAAGUCUCUUGAUUUAUCUUGUAACCUUCCGAUACCUCCAUCUUCUACUUCGCAUCUUAUCAUGCCCCCACCUCUCUCCCCCUUAACUCCAUCGCAUCAAAACUCGCGAUCCUUUUCGCCAAGUCCCGGCGAUCUGAUUGCGCAAAAAGGAGUUGACCAUGAAGAUAUGAUCCAGACCCAUGCUUUUGAGAAUGCGCCUUCGAGUCCUAUGAAAAUGGUCGACGAUGCAAACAUCAGCAACCAGGACAACCUGAGCUUCACACCUUCGCGCGAGUCGCAGGGACUAGACCAGCGAGAGGAUGAUUUUGAUGAUGACUUUUCGCAACCGGCGUCUAGCUCACCAUUUAUGGAGCAGGGUAGAGAUUGUACGGCGGACCUCCAAAUGCUCCCCCAGCGACAACCGUCCCUCGACGUGGACAAGCGCUUGAGUACUACGCGCAAACGUUCCUUUGAGCACGGGCCUGAAGACCACGAUGAAGAGGAAGCAUCGGAUGGAAGAUUUAGGAAGAGUGCCAGUCGGCGGGAGGUACCAGACAUUAAUGUCUACGCCGACGAGGACACCAGCUUCGGUGCCGAACAAAAUCUGAAUCUCGAAGGUGUGGAGCCUGGAACUGCCAAUAGUAUGAUGGAGGAAAAGCAUGACGAAGGAAUGAGCACUGUUCUUCGUGGGAACCACAAUGACAGCAUUUUGAAUGAAAACGAAAACGAGCACUUGCCCCAGGCAGAUAAUUCGAUGAUUGACGAUUCUCACGACUUUAUGGAUGAUACUUGCCUCAGCACGUUCUCCGCAGUGCCCAACGCGGAUAUGACAUCUUUUGCAGGGCUGCGUGGAGAUUCCCCGUUCAAAUCUGCACGGCCUCUCCCAAGUAGCCCAAGCAAAGUCGAUGAGGUCGAGACUCGAGAACUUGACCCAAACACUCCACCCAUUGCUCAGAAAUCCCCUAGGAAAGGCGCCCUCCUUGACAUGAGCUCCCCAAUCGGAUCGCCAACUCCAAAGAGGAGAGAACCCAGAGCGGAGGACAAUGUCCGUGGAACCCCGAACUUACUCGACUUGACCGAUCAGCAAACCUUUUUUCCACGGAAGCGCUACAGCAUGCAAAACGAGCGAUAUUCUCCAUCGCGGCGCUCACCGUUAAGAGCUGCGCGGGAGCCGAUCAGAUCCUCACCCAAAGUAUCGCUGCUGGACUUCGAUAUUCCCGCCGCCCCAACCCCUCGAUCUAUUCCCACCGUCACUCCUCGGGAGCUGGAAUCGUUGAAAUCCAGGUUCCUCUCCGAGAUUUCCUCCCUCAAGGCAACGCUGAGUGGGAGGGAAGCAGAAGUGUCCAGCCUCAAGCAGGCCGUUGCCGAUGCCGAACGACGAGUUGGUGAGGCAUUGGAAGAAGUCCGCAACGAGGCUGCCGGGAAGGAGGCACUUGAGAUCGAGCAGGUCGAAUGGCAGCGAAGGGGGCAAGAAAUGGACAACGUGUUGCGGUCCGUGAGAGCCGAGAUUGUUGAGGGCGACCGCGAAAGGGAACAGUUGAUCAAGAGGAUGGAGGAAGCAGAGAAGGACAGAGAACACUUGGAAAGCCGGAUGGCCGAAUUGGAGGCUCAGCUGAGUGCAGCCCGCAGCUCGAUGUCCAGCAACACCCCUCAAGGAGCUUCCCACACCAAGACGGCGGAGGAGACUGCAAAGGAAGUCCAGGACGCUGUUGAGAAGAUGGCAGCCGAGCUUCACGUCGUAUACAAAAAGAAGCACGAGACGAAAGUCGGCGCGUUGAAGAAGAGUUACGAGGCGCGGUGGGACAAGCGAGUGCGCGCAGCCGAGGACAAGUUGAAGAUCGUUAACGAGGAGAAUGAAGGCUUGAGGAGGGAACGAGAUGCGGCGCUGUCGGAAGCGUCACGUCCCAAUCCCGGCCCCAGCCCCGGCACUCUUGCCCACGAAAACGAGGAACAUGAGGCGGAAAAGCAAAUCCUCCAGGCACAGAUCAAGGGCCUGCAACAAGAGAUGGCAACACUCAAGAAUGACGGCGAGCGGCUGCAUAACGAACUCAGGAUGGAACGGGCCGAGAAAGGCGAGCUCGUGGCGGCCGUGGAUGAGUGGCUCGCAAUCCAGCAGAAUCAGCUCCCAUCUCAAUCCCCGGGACCACAAGACGAUGAUCAGCCGGAGCUGCCGUCAACGGAAACCAGCAUCUCGGAUGGCUUCCAGCGAAGUCUUGGUCGCAGCGGCUCCAGCGGUAUCCGGCCUCCCAGCACCGGGUCGUCAGGGCCUGGCGAGAAGAAGAUCCCCAAGAUCGCCGCAGCAGGGAACCGUCAUGUGCGAGACAACAGUGGCGGAAAGUCGGGAAUUGCUGUCUUCACUCCGGGUCGCAGCGGCAUCAUGGGCUCCAUUGAGCGCAUGGGGCGUGGUGGCAAUUAGCGCAGGGACCUCGCCUAUGAUCUCGCAUCGCGAUGUGUAUCUCAUGGGCGAUUUAAUCAGUUGCUCCUCACGAACAAGAUGACGCCCGGUCUCCGAAGCCUACGAGUUCCUUUUUUGUUUUGUUGAUUUGUUAUUUCCCGGGAUUCCUCGGUUUUUAUUUUUUUUUAUUGUUGUUUCGUUGAUAUCCCGACGGAGGCGUUUCAUGUACAUUGAUUUGAGAGAAUUAAUAACCUAUGGAAAUGGGAUCUGCA